GUUUCUUCUCACUGUGAUAAAAUUGAAGCUAAAGGAGGCCUUCAUCUACUACAGAGGAUAUACCAGCUGCGUAAAGAUUCAGCAAAAAUACAGAGGAACAUAAUUCGUAUUAUUGGAAAUAUGGCUUUGGAUGAACGUCUUCAUUCAUCCAUAGUACGUGCAGGUUGGGUUUCUGUACUUGCUGAAGUAAUGAAAUCCCCACAUGUCAUUCAGUCUUCUCAUGCAUCCAGAGCUUUGGCUAAUCUAGACAGGGACACAGUGAAAGAAAAGUAUCCAGAUGGUGUUUAUGUCUUACACCCACAAUAUCGUAGCAGUCAGCCCAUCAGAGCAGACAUCCUUUUUGUUCAUGGACUUUUGGGAGCAGCAUUUAAAACCUGGCGACAGCAAGACAUUGACCGGCGUUUGGAUAAAAAGGCUUCAGAAGGGGAAGAGGACUAUAGCCAGUGCUGGCCAAAGUCAUGGCUGGCUUCAGACUGUCCUGCCCUUAGAAUCAUAUCUGUGGAAUAUGACACCCAUUUGAGUGACUGGAAAGCAAAAUGUCCUGUUGAGGCUCACAGGAAGUCCAUUGCUUACAGGAGCAAUGAGCUUCUUGACAAGCUCAGGGCUGCUGGGAUUGGAGACAGACCUCUGGUGUGGGUAUCACAUAGCAUGGGUGGUCUUCUAGUCAAAAAGAUGCUGGUGGAUGCUUCCAAGAAUCCAGAAAUGGAUAAAAUUGUAAACAACACCAGAGGAAUCAUAUUUUAUAGCGUACCUCACCAUGGUUCCCAGCUGGCUGAAUACUCUAUAAAUGCCAGAUAUCUUCUCUUUCCAUCUGUGGAGGUUAAAGAACUCAGCAAGGAUUCUCCUGCCCUUAAAGAGCUGAAUGAUGACUUCCUGUCUUUUGCCAAAGAUAAGAAAUUUUCAGUGCUGAGUUUUGCAGAAACAUUACCAACACACAUAGGCAGCAUGAUAAAACUGCACGUUGUACCUCUGGAAUCAGCAAAGUUAGGAAUUGGAGACCUGAUUCCAGUGGAUGUUAAUCAUCUAAAUAUUUGUAAGCCAAAGAAGAAGGAUGCUUUCCUGUACCAACGUACGUUGAAGUUCAUUCAGGAUGUUUUAGCCCAAGAGCUUGGAGACUGAGUUUUUUCCAUCUUUCCCUGCUUAUUUCCUCCAUUUGGUGUAACACAGUAAGUUCUUCUCCUAACAUUUGUUAGGGGAUCUGCAGAACUACAAAGAUGCUAUGUCAAUAGUAUCUGCUGCUAAAAUAAUUUUCAGUACACCUCCAACUUAGACACCUC